AUGGCCACAGCUGCCUCCAGCCCCUACACCCUGCUCGGCUCCGGUCCCAUGAUCCACCCGGACAGCCAGGCCAUGCAGCCCGCUAGCCCCUACAGAGGACACCAGAAACUCCUGCACAGCGACUACCUGCACAACGUGCAGAGCAACGGGCACCCCCUCGGGCACCAGUGGGCGAGCAAUCUGUCGGAUAGCAGCCCGUGGUCGGCCUCCGUGGAGCAGCAGGACGUCAAACCGGGCAGAGAAGACCUGCAGCUCGGCAUCAUCCAUCACCGCUCGCCGCACGUCGCUCACCACUCCCCGCACCAGAGCAACCAUGGCAACCACCCUGCGGCGUGGGGGACUCCGGUGUCCCACAACUCCUCCGUCAGCAGCGGGCAGCAGAUCAACAUCUACUCCCAGACGGGCUUCGCCGUCAACGGCAUGCUGGAGCACGGCGGACUCAGCCCUCCGCCCAACCCGCAGGGCCAAGGCAUGCACCCGGGCCUCAGGGACACGCUCAGCCCCGAGCGCGGCGACCUGGGCGGGCACCACUGCCACGACCACUCCGACGAGGAGACGCCGACUUCGGACGAGCUGGAGCACUUUGCCAAGCAGUUCAAGCAGCGCAGGAUCAAACUGGGCUUCACGCAGGCCGACGUGGGAUUGGCUCUAGGAACUCUCUACGGUAACGUCUUUUCCCAAACGACCAUCUGCAGGUUCGAGGCUCUGCAGCUGAGCUUUAAAAACAUGUGCAAACUCAAGCCGCUGCUGAACAAGUGGUUGGAGGAGGCAGACUCGUCCACGGGCAGCGCGAGCAGUAUAGACAAGAUAGCAGCUCAGGGGAGGAAGAGGAAGAAGAGGACGUCCAUCGAGGUCAGCGUCAAGGGGGUCCUGGAGACUCACUUUCUCAAGUGUCCCAAACCCUCCGCGCAGGAAAUCACGUCGCUGGCGGACACGCUGCAGCUGGAGAAGGAGGUGGUCCGCGUCUGGUUCUGCAACCGCAGGCAGAAAGAGAAGCGCAUGACGCCGCCCGGCGAGCCGCCGCCGCCGCCGCCCCACGACGGGCCUUAUUCCCACGGCGGCAGCGCGGGCGACGCGUCGUCGUGCCGCGACCUCUGA